CCGAUCGGAGCCGGAGUGUGUGUGUAUGUUUUUGUUUUCUAACCGGUUAACUGAUCGAUUAGAGACACUAAUCGAUACUUUACUAACUUAGUAACUCAUUAGUGAAGCUCCGCAGCUCCCGCUGUGUGUGUGAGAGUCUGUCCGGAGCUCAGCGUCUCCUCAGCGGGCAGCAGCAACAGCGGCAGCACGCUUUGUUGUUGGGCGAAGCGUUAGCCGCUAGCCUUUAGCUAACAUGCUAGCUCCAGGUAACAACCAGCGGCUGUAGACUCACAUGCCUGCCUCCGUUGUCUCACUGCUGCUCGGCUAGCUAACCACCCCGUCUCCUGUCCUCGGCCUGACCUCAUGGAUCCCGGCGGAAGUGAACUGGACUCCAGCCUGCCUCAGCCCGAGAACCCGUGUCUGAUCGUGGAGGACUCUCAGCCGGACAGUGUCGCUCUGGAGGACGACCCCGAGAGCAGCUACCGAGCUCUGCUGGCCCGGCGCCUGUCCAGCCUGCAGCCCACCGCCCGCAGCCCCGUCCUGGAGCUGAUAUCCUCACCACUGGGAAGCAGAUACUCUCAGAGUGACAGCCAAUCAGAGAGCUCCCAGAACAACAACCAAGCUGAACCCGGCGUUCUCAUGGCGGCUGACCCCAGCUCAGCGUUCCAGGAGGAAAGUCAGGUCAUAAACAUCUGCUCUCCUCCCAACAAGAAAAAAUGUGCAGCAGAAGACACUGAGAUGGACUCUGGAGCUGAUUCCACCACACACUGCGUUCAGUCUGAGGGGGGAACCUCUCAGUUCGGUUUUCUGGAGCUCUCUCAGAGUCAGGAUCUACGUGGUGAAGCAGAGAACAGUCAGGAGGAAGAAGACAUCAGACCUCAGCCAGACAGCGAGAGACGCACCAAAUUAGCAGCAGCAGAGCAGAACAUGAGCUCCAGGACUUCAGAGAGUCAGGACAACAAAGCAGUGAGAUCUGAGGUGAGCUCCAGCAGCUCGUUGGAGUCUCCGGGUCAGUCAGGGAGGCAGCUGAGCGUCCAGGCUCUGCUGCACUCACAGAACCUCCAGGCCUCUGGAGAGAAGGACCAGCAGGACUGCCAGAUCCUGUCCUCACAGGAGGACAUGUUUGAUGUUGACAAGACAGGUGCUGCAGUGGACAGCACAGUGUCAGAGCCGGAACAGCAGGGUCACCCCACCCCGACGCCGGCUCACACCCUGCGACUGCUGCAUCUGUCUGGACAGGGAACACUGGUGCAGGAAAGUCUGUCCCAGAGCUCUGUUGACUACGUCGCCCCGACCCAGGACAACUUUAGCCACACCCCUUUAAUAGUCCCCAGCUCACCGACCGAGAACGAAGACGGUGCUGAUGAACCGAUGGAUACUUCGCUGCCCCCAGAGGACCGAGCAGGAGAGAAAGAUGAGCCGAUGGAAACAGAAGCUGCCUCUAAGCCACACCCAUCUGCCUCUACACCUGUAUCCCAGAAUUCCCCUGGUUUUGUGUUAGAGCGAACUCUCUCUUUACCGUCCCAGCCAGAGUUCUCUCAUGACGUGUUUGUCCCGACGCAGAGUCAGGACGCCCCACAGCAGUCAGAUAAGAAGACAGUAUUGUCGCCGCGUGAGACGCAGUCUCAGCAGCUGGAGUCAGCUGCUUUCACUUUGCCUUUGCAGCUCUCUGUGAAUACGCAGAGCAGCAGCCAGGUUCAGAAGGCCUCAGCACAGAUUGAGGAGGACAGUCAGGCCACACAGAUCGAGGAACUGGAAGAGCCACCCGGCGUCGACACCAGCGACUCUGUGAUUUCACAUCAGAGGAGCGAGAGCAAUGGCGUCCCUUCAGAAUCACAAACUGCAACCAGCUCCAAAGCUUCCACCUCUGCUGAGUCACCAAAGCAUCACAGCGAAUGUGCCAGGAACGAGCCGUCCAGUCUGUCACAGAAGUCUGAUGUGCACAAAAAGACUUCUCUGAAUGUAGAAAAUGUGAAUGUAAAAGACAGUAAGAGUGAGAGCAAAGAGGCGAGCGCCGCUGACGUGGUGUCCUGCUCUCAAACAAAGCUCGAUGCCUCUGAUGUGACUGUGAACAGCUGCGUGCAGGAGACCCCACCGGACACCACACCCCACAGUCUGCCCUCACAGUCUAUGAUCUGUCAGACGUCUCCUGUGGACGUGACGAAGACUUCUGUAGACUCGAGGAAGGAGGGAGACACUGCGAAGAGUCCGUCCAUAAAAUCAUCUUCACAGAAGAGUGGAGUCGUUGGUAACAGUCAAACAGAUAAAGUGAAGCAGAGUGAAGUAGAUGAGGAGGUGGUGGUGAUGGAGGAGGAUGAGGAGGAGGAGGGGGAGAGCACAAUGGGAGGCGGGGCCUCAGCAAUGGCCCUGGCCCUCUCUCAGAGCCAGGUGCAGUCUCCGGAGCCCAUGGAGGAGGAGAGUGAAGACAGAGGGGAGGACAGCGUCAUCGUCAUCACAGACAGCGACAGAGACUCGCAGCUUCCUCAGAAAGAUGUGACAUCACAGUCAAAGACCAACAGCUCCCAGCCAAUCAGGGACAAAGUGUCCGUCUCCACUAAUGGCCAUGAGUCCCAGACAAAGAAGUUACACACGGCUCCUGAUAGGCUCUCCCAGACUGAGAAGGCGGGGCCUGAACCAGAGGGCCUCAAAGACAAGAGCCUGAGUGACAGCUCGGGAGAAAUUUCGUUUCACUUCACACUUCCUAAAGAAGGGGAGCUGAUUGGUCCUGCUGUCGGUGCCACGCCCCCUCUAAUCAACCAGCUGAAGCAGACGCUGAGACACAGCACUCCCAUCGAGAUCACUUCCUUCUCUGAAAAGUCCGGUGUGGCGGGUGAUGUCUCUGCAGACGGGGCGAUGGCGGCCAGUGACAUCGUAUCGGGGGAGAGCGGGGACGACACGACGGAAAAGGGAGACGGGAAGCUGAGUUUGAGGAUGAAGCUGGUGACCCCCGUGGAGGAGGGCAGCUCGGAACGCUUCAGCCUGCAGAAGCCAGCACUAUCAGAGGAGGAUGGAUCUGUUGUCAAGGUUACCACCGUUGCCAAGGCUGUAACCAGCAGCCCGUCGGUGUUCAGUCGAGUCAGGCAGGUGCACAGACAGCAGGAGGCCAGGGAGGACAGUCAGGCUGGAGGCAACACCACACCUGUCAGAGGGGAGCUGUUCGCCUCCCCACAGAGGAGCUCCCAGGCAUCCUCGCUGGGAUGCAACAGCCUCCCGAACAGCCAAUCAGAGGCUUUACCACAGGAAGUGUCAGCAGCACCUCAGGAGACCACCAAGGAUGCCCCCGGCCCUGCUGAGCAGACCGAGGAGAGACGAGGAUCACCUCAGUCUCCAGAGACGCCCACCCUGAACAGGACGGAUGGCCGACAGAGGAUUCCUCAGCAGGCCGCCAACAACACCAUCACCUCCAGUCCGUCCAACAAGCUCCGUCAGCGGACAGUCUCUCAGCAAACCAGCUUUGAUGCACCAGGGCUGCGCUCUCCAGCCGGCAGGGGUGAACCAGAGUCUCAGCCCUUCAGAAGAACCACAGGCCCCUCCCACCGCAGACACGUGCGCACCAUCCAGGAAGUGCGGACCACCGUCACGCGCAUCAUCACAGACGUGUAUUAUGAGGACGGCAAAGAGGUGGAUCGCAAAGUCACGGAGGAGAACGAGGAGCCAGUGGUGGACUGCCAGGUGUUGGACAGCGACAUCUCCCCGUACCGCACAGGAAGCAGCUCUGUGACCUCCGGUGACCUCGCUGACAUCAGUUCUUUGUCGUCCAAGGCGUCCAGCCUGCAGCACAGCUCCGGAGGAACCAGCAGCAGCGGCUUCACCAGGCCGGACUUCAUCAUGCCGCCCAGCCGAGGGGUCUUCAGGGGAGGUGGUGUCGGCUCGCUGCAGAGGCUCAGCGCUCACGGCCUGCCUCAUUCGUCCUCAGAGGACGAGCCCUACACCCGCAUGCUCCCCCCACGCCUCCCCGUCAGCCCCACAGACGGCGAGCUCCCCAGCCACUCUGACUCCCUCAGGUCUUCGCCGGAGGAGGCGAGCUCGGUCGGAAGCAGCUUCGUCGGGCUGCGGGUGGUGGCCAAGUGGUCGUCCAACGGCUACUUCUACUCAGGCCGCAUCAUCAAAGACGCCGGGGAGGGGAGGUUCCGCCUGCGGUUUGACGAUGGCUACGAGUGUGAGGUGGCGGGGAAAGACAUCCUGCUGUGUGAUCCCAUCCCUCUGGAGACGGAGGUCACCGCUCUGCUGGAGGACGAGUACUUCAGCAUAGGUGUGGUGAGGGGCCAUAAAACGGAGGGGCAGGAUCUUUUCUAUUGUGUGGAGAGGGACGGUCAGAAGCAGUGGUACAACAGGACGGCGGUCAUCCUGUCUCUGGAGCAGGGGAACAAGCUGAGGGAGCAGCACAGCCUCGGGCCCUACGAGCCCUCCACUCCGCUCGCCAAGGCCUCUGACAUCAGCCUCGAUAACCUGGUGGAGGGGAAGAGGCGGCGCAGAGGAGCCCCCGGAGCUCAGAACACUCCCAACCGCAGCUCCUCCAGCAGCCCCCGGAGCCCUGGCCCCUCCGGCAAGAGGAAACUGAUGACCUCAGAGGAUGGCAGGGCGCCAGCCAAGAGGGGCCGCAGGGGCCUGGGCGCCAGAGCUGCUCAGCGGGUCGGUGUGUGUAACACCUCCGGCAGCGGCACAGAUCUGCCCGGUCAGUCCUGUGACGUGAUGGAGACUCACGGCCCGCUGCCUCAGAACACGACUCUCUUCAUGGGCUUCGCCUUCAUGCUGACCGCCUCAUCUGAGGUCGACCGGCUGACCAACAAGCACACCAGCGACGAUGAGGACGAUUACGUGGAGACGGGUCCGUAUAACAAAGCGUACACAGAGUCUCAGCUGCAGGCAGGUGGAGGCUUUGUCCUGCCAGACUUCAAUGAAGAACAGUGUAAGGCAGCGUAUCAAAGCCUGCUCAUCGCAGACCAGCACUGUCGCACCAGGAAGUACUUGCUGUGUUUGGCGAGUGGUGUGCCGUGUGUGUCACACAUCUGGGUGAGGGACUGCUGCAAAGAGAACAAGCUGCUCAACUACAGGAACUACCUGCUGCCCGCCGGCGUCGGGCCGGAUGAAGCCAUCGUAGAAUGGCAUCCACGCUGCAGCCCGUUCAAGCCUCUGCGGGUCCUCCUGGUGUUUGAGAAGCCGGUGGAGCUUUGGGCUCAGCUGAUCACCAUGGGUGGAGGUUCUUCAGUCCGACACUUCCAGGCCGACAAGGACAGCUCAGACAUUCCUGCUGGCAAGUAUGACGUCGUGGUGACAGACCAUGCCUGUCCGCCAUUGGUGGAGAAAAAUGUGACAUCACAGGAAGUCCCGCUGGUGUCUCCCGAGUGGAUCAUCCAGAGCGUCAUCCGCGGGGAGCGCCUGGGUUUCCAUAGCAAGCCUCAGUAUCGCCACGACUACUCCUCAUAAUCCAAGUCCACAUGUGCAAACGCCUUGGACCAUGUUAAAUGUUGAGCGUUAGUUCUGUUGCAUGCCUCUGCUGUAUAUACCUUUAUCCUGUCUGUUUUUAUGGGAUAAUAAAUUGUGACCCUUGUUUCAUUUUAAA